AUGGCUGAGCUUCAGAAUGUGCCUCCGCCGGCCGCUGGAAACCCUCCAGACGUGGUCGUGACCAGAAGUCGCAAGAUUCGUCGCUCGCAGCAGGGCUUCACGAGGAUGGGUCGAGUGUCGCGGGGACAUGACGCGGCGCCCUUCCUGACCAUGGACUCCUUGAGACUCUUGCAGGAAGACUUCCAAGACUUGUUGGAGACGCAGCUCCGCUUCACCAUCAAGAUCUUUGCAGAGAUCCAAGUUGCCCUUCCACCGGCCCCCUGCAUGCCCCUAGCUCGUCCAGAUGAAAGGUUUCGUCGCUUCCUGGCCGAUGCACAAUCCAGGUAUGAGCACGUUGUGGAGGAGACCAACCGGAACACGAGCAGCGGCUGGGUCUUUGUCGGCAUGCUGUGGAUCAACAUCCUCACGAGCCCAGGCGAGCUCACGGCCAACAUCCCCUUCCCUGCCGGCGUCGGGAAAAUGGACAACCGGGAACGCGCCACGGCAGCCAAUUUGAAGGGCCGCCCCUUCUACGAUCGACCAGCGCGCCCUGGUCCGAGGGGAUCCGCCCCUGACGAUCGCAAGAUGGUCCCCGUAGAUGCAGACUUUAGCACGCUUCCCGAGGGUCACGUGGGCUUUGGCGACAUCGAUCUUUUCGAAGCCGUCAACCCCCACAUUGGCAUCUACGUCUACAAGCCCGUCAGCACGGAGUGGUCGGCAACGGCUCCUCAGACGAUGAAGCCGCUCAGGAGUCCCUCCGUCGAGAAGCCAAAGCACGAGAUCCUCCUCCUGCUCCACCUCGACCACUACGUCCUGAUCUAUGACUUCAGCAAGGCUUCCAGUCUGCGCGGCGGCGAGCUGCCCGAAGAGUGCCGACGAGAGAACACGCGCCACUGGAACUCUUGUCACCGCUGCCAAAACAAUUUCAGCUCGACGGAGAGUUUGAAGAAGCACCUGAAGUCAGGGCUCUGCAAUGCUAGCGUGGCAGAUCGCUUGCGAAGUCAGAGGAUCAGGCUUCCCGCGAAUGUUGAGGAGGAGCGCCUCUUCUACAAGCCCGGUCCCUCUGCAGAGUGGGCGGAGCUGGUCAUCUACUCCGACAUAGAGGUCUUCAACGACAGGUUGCAGGAGAAGGAGAACGGGAGGGUCAAGGCCUUGCAACACGAGACAGCCUCCACCUGCUACGCUGCAGUGGGUCGCUGCGGCUACGAGGUCCCGCAGCAGCACAAGAUCCAUUUGGACUUAUGCCGCACGGACGACGUGCCCUUCGCCGUCAUGGAGCGCUACCUCAGGCGGCUCCUGGAUCUGGCUUUCCACUUUCAGAAUUGGCAGAACCUCAACAUCCCGUACGAGCUCACCGCGUCGCAGCAGGCCGAGUUUGACGCCGCCAUGGUCUGUUCGCUCUGCGAGCUGCCCUUCACUUCGGACCAGAGCAGGCAGAAGGUAGUGCACCAUCGGCACGGGACGGGCGAGUAUCUAGGCGCCCUCUGCAACACCUGCAACCUCGCCGUAAGACGACAGAAAACGGUGCCGGUGUACUUCCACAACGGCGGGGGAUACGAUUUUCACUUCUUGGUCCGAGCCAUAGCCCAGCUUCACCGCUAUGGGAGCGCGGUCGCCAUACCCUCCUACGACGAAGACGAUCAAGUCGUUGAGCAGGAGUUCCAAGAGCCGGCGGAGGACGACGCGACCUUGCAAGACGACCAGGUCCCCGAUCUGCACGCGCUGGGUCACGAGCCGAUGGUGGGCGAACACCUGGACCUCAAGAAGCCCCGCUGCAAGGUCAUGAUCAAGUCCGGCGAGAAGUACCUGCAGAGACGCUACGGACCCCUGGUAUUCUUGGACAGCUUCAACAUCUUCCCUUCAGCGCUGGACGUUCUGACAGACGACCUGCAGAGCACUCACAAGGAGGAGCCAUGGUUGUCCUUUCCGCUUCUUGCCGAGCGUCACCCCUGGCUCCAGAACCGAGACAAGAGGGUGUGGGACCUUCUUCUCAAGAAGAUCCCCAUGCCGUUUGAAAGCUUUUCGGGGCCCGAGUCUUGGACCGAAAGAGCCGUGUGGCCGCAGAAGUGCUACGACAGCAGUUUGAAGGGCAAGUGCUCCGACAAGAAGUACGGCGAGAUCCAGGAGAUCCAGGAGCAUUUCCAGUUCCCGAACUUCUCCUCCUUCCACAACUGUUACUUGUACACGGACAUGGCCAUUGCCGACGUGGUGGAGGCGUACAGGGACACCUUCCACCAGAACUUCGGCAUCGAUCCGGUGCGAUACGUCACCUUGGCAAGCGCCGCCUGGGACGCGAUGAUGAAGCGCUGCGCCCCGCGCAGGAACUCCCUGCAGCUCAUCACCAACCGCAAAAUCUACGACCUGGUCAAGAGCAGCAUGCGCGGCGGCCUCAGCAAUGCGUUCCAGCCGUACGCCAAGGCCAACAACUGCUCUGUCGUUGACUACGACGACUGCCUUCCAUUGAGCUGGGUGUCAAAGUUCGAUGUGAACUCGCAGUACCCGACCGUCAUGAACAACCCCCUGCCCUGCGACGGCGGCUACCUUUUCGAUCUCCCCUCCGAGCGAAAGGCCCGCAUGAAGCUGUUCUGCGACUGCCUGCGCGAGUCGGACUUCAGGCAGAAGGACUUCGAUCACAGCUACUUGGUGGAGGUCGACUACUACCUGCCCCUGGACCAGCACGACCGCGUCGACUGGGCGCCCAUCACCAGGAUGAGCGUCGGCACGUCCGGGAUGAGCGAAUAUCAGCUUGAGCUCUUGGCCAAGAUCAUGCCCUAUCUAGGCUAUCACCGUCGCGAAGUCGUGCAGCUGCGACUGCUGCGCUUCUACAUGGAGGUUCUCGGUGUCAGAGUCGAAGAGGUCUACAGCAUCGUGCUCUUCGGCUGCAGCUGCAGGGCGUUCAUGAGUCCCUUCAUCCGAGAGUGCUACGAGCGCAGGCUUGAGUUCAAGCGACAAGGGCGAAAGCUCCAAGCCGACGUGGUUAAACUCACCAUGAACGUGCAAUACGGGAAAAGAGUUUGGGCGAAGAAGCGCAGGAUCCCGCACCUGCACGCCAGCCCCAUUGGUCACGGCGGCUUCUUCGGCGUUGUGGAUGAGCUCACCCCAGCCGGUUCGCUGCUCAAGACCAUGCCGCAAGUGGGAACCUUCGUGCUGGACGAGGCGAGGCUUGGCAUCAUGCGAAACUAUUACCACAUGAAGCUGGUCUUCGACGGGUGCCUGGCCAAAGCCUGCGACGAGGCGAGGCCACAGAGCGAGAGGUCGAAGGUGCAGAUCAUCUACACCGACACCGACAGCGUCAUCGUGUUGAUCCACAGCGAGAUGCACCCUUCCUACCAGCUGGCCCUGGAGAACUUCAACCCCGAGUCGCCGUGCUUCUGGGACAUCCUGGGCGACAUCAAGGACUACGAGAAGGCGAUGGUGUACCUGCAGAGCAUUGGAGUCCUUGGAGUCGAGCGACGCGGUUGCUUGGGCGGUUUUGGCGACGAGAAUGCACCCCUCACCAUGAUGGAGGCGGUCUGCUUGGGGCCUAAGUCCUACAGCGAGCUGCUCACAGGCGGCGGGGGCGAGCUGCACCACAAGAACAAGAUCAAGGGCAUCGACAAGGACAACCGGAAGACCCUGACCCACGACGAGUACAGGGAGGUCUUGACCAAGACCGGGCUGGGCAGGAGCAUCAAGUCCCACCGCUUCGAGAGCAAACAGCACGUGGUGCAUCUGGUCGAAAACAUCAAGACCGGCCUGCGCGCCUUCGAAGACAAGAACUACAAGCUCCGCUACGACAGGUCCAGGCCCCACGGUCACUGGCGAAACUUGCCGGAGCCGCUGUCCUACUUCUUCGACAAGCUUCUCUACGGCGAGAUCGGCGAGGAUGGCCAGAAAAUCAUCGACAGCUUUCUGAGGCCACGCGGCUACGUGAAGAUGGACUUCAAAGACGAUCGGUGGACUGCACAGUACAGCUAUGGAGCCACGGGCCCCACCGGAAAAGCCCUGUCUGCUGCAGCUCUGGCGUUUCGCAUUUCUCUGGAUUGCACCGGAAACCUCCGCUCCCUCUGCCCCUCUACCUUUCUGACGUCUCGGGCCAGUAGCGGUCCUCCCUGCCAGCCCUGUAGCGUAAACAUGACGCCGUUGCUCGUGUACUCUACCCCGUCCACCCGGUACGCCCUCUCCGACCAAGCCGUUUCGGUGACGCGGUAA